AUGGUGAGACCAUUCUAAAAGGUCUGCAGUCCAUUUUCCAGGAGCAGGGCAUGGCAGAGUCGGUGCAUACCUGGCAAGAUCAUGGCUACCUAGCAACCUACACAAACAAAAAUGGCAGCUUCGCCAAUUUGAGAAUUUAUCCACAUGGAUUGGUAUUGCUGGACCUUCAGAGUUACGACAGUGAUAUCCAGGGCAAAGAAGAAAUUGACAACCUUUUGAACAAAGUAGAAGAGAGAAUGAAAGAAUUGAGUCAGGCCAGUAUUGGGCGGGUGAAGCGUUUGCCAACCAUAGUCCGAGGAGGGGCCAUCGACAGAUACUGGCCCACUGCUGACGGGCGCCUGGUUGAGUAUGACAUAGAUGAAGUAGUAUAUGAUGAAGAUUCACCUUACCAGAACAUUAAAAUUCUACAUUCAAAGCAGUUUGGAAAUAUUCUCAUCCUUAGUGGGGAUGUUAAUUUGGCAGAGAGUGAUUUGGCAUAUACCCGGGCCAUCAUGGGUAGUGGCAAAGAAGAUUACACGGGCAAAGACGUACUGAUUCUGGGAGGCGGAGAUGGAGGCAUAUUAUGUGAAAUAGUCAAACUGAAACCAAAGAUGGUCACUAUGGUAGAGAUUGACCAAAUGGUGGUCGACGCAUGUAAGAAAUAUAUGCGCAAAACAUGUAGUGACGUCUUAGACAAUCUUAAAGGAGACUGUUAUCAGGUUCUAAUAGAAGACUGUAUUCCAGUACUGAAGAGGUACGCCAAAGAAGGGAGAGAGUUUGAUUAUGUGAUUAAUGAUUUGACAGCUGUUCCAAUCUCCACAUCUCCAGAAGAAGAUUCCACAUGGGAGUUUCUCAGACUGAUUCUUGACCUCUCAAUGAAAGUAUUGAAACAGGAUGGGAAGUAUUUUACACAGGGGAACUGUGUCAAUUUGACAGAAGCCCUGUCGCUCUAUGAAGAACAGCUUGGACGCCUUUAUUGUCCUGUGGAAUUCUCGAAGGAGAUCGUCUGCGUCCCUUCGUACUUGGAAUUGUGGGUAUUUUACACUGUUUGGAAGAAAGCUAAACCCUAAAGAUGAAUAUCCCAAUGACGUGUACUGCAGAUAGCCUUCUUGGCCUCCGUAUGCUGUACAUGCCAUCAAAAUGAGUCAGGCAAUUAAUUGUGACUUCCUUAAAGUUUUCUCUUUUUAAUUAUUAUUUUUAAUUUAAAAAAGCAAAUGGAAAAUGUAUAUUUUGAUGAACUAGGGUGUUAUUUUUUUGAAAGUCAGCUGAAGGACAAAUAGCACAGCAAGGACUGCUAAAUGCACUGACCCCCUAGAAUGUGAUUUUUGUUACUUUUUAUUUCUGUGUGGGUUUUUUUUGUUUUGUUUUGUUUUGUUUUGAUUUUGGUAGAACUUAAAUUUGGAUCUUUGGAGGAGUGAGCAUCAUUAUUUUGUUUCAGAGGGAAGUUCUUGAUGGUUUUAAAAAAAUUGACUUAGAUUUAAAAAUUUGGUGCUUUUAAAAAAGUUAAAAAUGAAUAGCAAUG